GAGAGACGAAAGGGGCGUCUUUGGAGCCAGUGGUUUGGUUUUUACGCACCAGAUGCUCCAGGCAGUGGAGACCCGUCCGGUUUGGGCUCGCGGGAGUUUCACGCAGGAUCUCGUCAUCCGUCAUCUCGUCCUCCAGAGCAGCGCGGAGGGGACGACCAGCUCGCCUCCUGCACGGACGCCUGCGGGAAAGUCUCCGGAGGAUCCUGUCGCGCAAACAGAGGCUCAUCUGAAUAGAAUUCCUCUCAGGCGCCAGUCAUCCCAACCCUGUUUCUGCCCUCAUCACCAUCAUCAACAGUGUUUCUCGAAAGGUGCACCGUGUACUGUGAGAAAACCAGAAGUAAGACAUCAUGAGUGAGCGCUUCGACUGCAAAAACUGCAACGAGUCCCUGGGCGGACGCAAGUACAUCCAGGUGGAGGACCACCCUCACUGCAUCCCCUGCUACGACCGCCUGUACGCCAACACCUGCGAGGAAUGCAAAGAAAUCAUCGGCCAUAAUGCCAAGGAACUCUUCUAUGAGAACAGACACUACCACGCGCACUGCUUCCGCUGUUUCCGCUGCGACCGCUCUCUGGCAGACGAGCCCUUCACCAGCCAGGAGGACGCGCUGGUGUGCAGCGACUGCUACUGCAACGAGUAUUCCUCCAAGUGUGUGUCCUGCGACAAGACGGUCAUGCCAGGGUCGAGGAUGCUGGAGUACGGCGGCUCCACGUGGCACGAGGACUGCUUCGCGUGUCACGGCUGUUUGAAGCCAAUGGGCGCCGAAGCCUUCGUCCCAGACAACGACAACUACUACUGCGUGCCGUGCUACGAGGGCAGGGUCGCUCCUCAGUGCAGCCACUGCAAAAAGGCUCUGACUAAAGGAGGCGUGACCUACAAGGACGAGGUGUGGCACAAAGAGUGCUUCCUCUGCACGGGCUGCAAGGCGCCGCUGGCUGGCCAACCCUUCACCUCGCAGGGGGAGAGUCCGUACUGCGUCAAGUGUUUCAGCAGCCUCUAUGCCAAAAAGUGUGCCGGCUGCAACACGGCCAUCACAGGUUUUGGCGAUGGGAAGUACGUGUCAUUCGAGGAGCGGCAGUGGCACCAGCCGUGCUUUAAGUGUUCGCGCUGCUCGGUGUCGCUGGUGGGCUCCGGCUUCUUCCCCGACCGCGACCAGAUCCUGUGCACGGACUGCAACAACGACGACUGACCCACGCCGGCUACGCCCGCAGCGCACAUCACACAGCAGCAGCAGCAGAGAGGCGCUACACCUCAGCAUGGGGCACAAACAGGCGUUCCACUCGGUGUGGAGCCGAUGCAAAGCUCAGAAUUUACAAGCCAAAUCUCCCAUCAGCACAUUCAAAUGUUUGUAUGGAUCUGCAGAAAUAUCUUGAUGUAUGUGUUUGACCUGUUUUUAAAAAGAAACGUUUUGCACACCAAAGACUAAAUGAAAUAUACAACCAAUUACAUAUUUAUCUAAACGUUUUUUCAUGACUGCUAGACAGAACCAAAGUUUGAAUGUUAUAACCAACGCUUGGCAAAUGUAUUUCUACUUUUUAAAGAAUAUUGCAGUUUAUAUAAAGCUGCCCUUCUUCUUCUCCCACUACUUUUUUGAGAAAGUAUUGUAUAUUUAGUUUUCUUUUCAGCUUAAACGUGUUUUUGCUAGCGUACAUACAAUAAUAAUAAUAGAUGUAAUAAAAAAAAGAGUAGCGUAUAAAUUAAUUGAUCAGCAGAGUAUUUGUCCAUAUAAACAUGCACAAUACAUUUCAUGAUGCGCAGCUAGUGUCAGUUAGCCUACAAAAUAGCUUCCCUGCUGCUUAUCAUUACUAUAAAUACACUCACAACUCGCAAACAAAUGCACAAAUCACGCUUCAGCGGUUAUUUAAUGUACAGGAGGAUGUUUAAAUCCAUACUGUGCCUUUUGCUUUUCUUAGAACACAAACUAUCCAGCCACACAAACGUCUUAGUAUCUCUUGAGGCGUAUCAAGCAGUGCAAACUAAACAUUCCUUUUUGCUGAUGCACAAUGAAAAAGCUUUCUCCACAAUCUCCUUAACAAACCCUCACACCGUUUCCCACAAAGAAAAACGUAAAUAUUUCCAAUUGAGAACCUCUGUGCUGAUCUUCUGGCAGGCUGCUGCUCACGUUGGGAGGGGGCGAGGAGACAGAAACCCCGAUACAAGGGACAUUUUUCCAUAAAACAAGCAAGUCUAAAGUCUAAAUUCAAAGUUAAAGUUCAUAGUAAGUAAAAAUUUCAUAUUAUUUUCUUAAAAAAUAAUAUAUGAAGAAGUAGGAAAUAUGGACUUGGAUUUGCCCGACAGGUGCUGAUGUGAACACGCGGCCGCUCGUCUCUCCACAGGCGCCCCGGUGCUCCCUCGUGAACUGGGAAAUGUCGCUGUCGAGAAGUGAAAUAGUCUCCUGUGACUUUCCUGCUUUUGAUCUUCUUUUAUGACUCAGUGUAAAAGUGUUGACUCGGUGCAACAAGCAUGUUCUUUGUACUCCAUUAAAUUCUCAUGACGAGAUCAACUCCAGAUGAAACAUAAAGGCACCCUGCGGUGCCGUGAUCUGCUCGAGCUUUUCCCAUGACUCUUCCUGAAAUAUGUUUGACCUUGUUGUCGGCGAGCGAGUCUUGUUUGGUCCCAGGAGGAGGAGGAGGGAUGGGGGGGUCGCAGCUCCUCACUGAACGUUUUAAGGUUUCACGUCAUCCCGCUCAGUGGCCGGGGACCGGGACUCUGCUGCAGGAGGCUGUUAAAGUAAUUAGACGACAUCACAGCGACCGAGUGACCACAGAUGAAAGAAAGCUUCGGCCCCUGAAGCUCGGACUGCCUACAGUCCUACAGGAAUUUACACAAGACAUUAUGUUUCUGAGGGAUUUUCCCUGUGGUACCUUUAGAAGCAUGAGGACCAUUUUUGAUUCACGCUAUUUGUUUGGUUGGUUGAAAUUAAAACCGUUGACUGUGACGAUGGAUCCUCAUAUUCUUUCUCACCUGGCUGCGUUCGAAGCUGUAACCCUGAGAAAGGAAAUUGCAGUAUCAUUAAAAAAGCAACACUAAACUAACUAACGUGUAACUUUGGGAGAUCGUCUCACAUAUACUUUAGUGUCCUAGCAAUUGCAUCAACCGAUGUGUUUAGUGAUGGACCUUUAUUGACAUCCUGUAACCUUUUCCAUCAGUCUAUAGAAUCACAUUUUUACUUCUUCGAGAGGCUUCAUUAAAUGCUUUGUUGUUAUGCUGCAAUAUGCUAUGACAUUUUAAAUACACUAUGAAAUGAUGUCAUGCGUACGGCAUGCAACACCCUUCACUUAGCUAUAUAUUUUUUGACUCUUUUAUAUCAUAUUGUCAUAUGACUGUCAUAAAUAGUUAACUUAUAAAGAAGAAGGGCAACUCAUUGACUUCUUAAAAGCAUUUCAGUAUUUUCCUUUUUCCAGCCAAAUCCAAUUGUUUGAAGAAUAUUCAACCUCUGUUUCUUUCACUGCAUGCAAUACGUAACUGUGUUUGUACAAAGACAAUAAAGUAGUCCACGAACAUGA